CAUGUUCCGUGACAUGUUUUUAACCUGCGUGCCUCUCAGGUCCAUGAAGUGAGUUCGUUUACACCGGGCUGGACUUUGAACUGAUCUGUAACAGACACACAACACUGAUAUGGAGCAGCGCCACUCAGUGUAAUCACAGUUCCCACAGGCCACAUCGGACGACUCUAUUCAACUCUUGGAAUCAUUGAACUUCCAAAUCUAACAUAUGCAGGAGAAGACUGUUCGUCAGUUGAAAGUAACAUGGCCUCCAGCUCCUUAGGCAGACGACUGGUGGCUUGUCUCCUCAACGUUUCUGAGGCUCGCAGGAAAGACCUGGUGGAGACUGUGGCCACGGCAGCUUUGUACAACACCGAAGGUGCUAGACGAGAGGGGACCACAGUGCUGAACAUCUUUAAUGAUCAUGACUACAACCGCUCUGUCAUCACCAUUGUGGCCAGCAUUGACUCCAUCAGGGAGGCAGUUCUGUCUGCAUGCGAGAAAGCCUGCGGGCUGAUUGACAUGUGCGCUCACAAAGGUGUCCACCCGUGUAUGGGUGCCAUCGACCUCAUACCCAUCUACCCACUGGGGGAGGAGGUGCGAGUGGAGGACUGUGCUAAGGAGGCUCGAGCUGUGGCUCAGGGACUGAUAGAGAGGGUCCAUGGCACCACUGCCUUCCUGUUUGGCUGGGCAGACUCCCCCCUUCAGCGCGGGCUGGCACAGAGGAGGAAGGAGAUGGGCUGGUUCAAGAAGACCCCAGACUUGCAGGUGAUCCAGGUUGACAUGGGGCCGCAGCCACAGAAAAGAUACGGCCUCACAGGCGUUGGGGCCAGUCCAUACGUCAUGAACUGCAAUGUCACUAUCAACACUCAGGACAUCGCCAUAGGACGUAGCAUCGCCACAGCCAUCAGAACGUCGACCCCUGGGGGCCUACCAGGGGUGCAGGUGCUGGCUCUGCCACAUGAGGGUGCUGUGGAAAUUGCCUGUAAUGUCGAAAGCGUGAAGGGGAGCCCGCCUACUCACACGAGUGCAGAUGAACCCUGGCCGUCUUUCAACAUUGAAGGACAGCCUUACUAUCAUGCUCCGGCUUCUUUCAUCACAGCGAGAGUCAUGGAGCUGGCAGGGAGGCAGGGGGUUGGCACAAAGGGCACAGCGUUGAUAGGGUUCACUCCCCAUGAGUGCAGGGGCUUAGCAGAGUUAGCGCUGUCUCAAGGGAUUGCUGAAUUCUGGAAAGAGAAGCACAGGAUCCGUAUGUAAAAAUCUUUGCCUGAACCAUUGAAACCUCAAAUAAAGUAGCACAAUCUUUGUUUUGUGUCACUGUUAUUAUCAAGACAAGUCAUCGUUUGUUAAAUCUACCACACCUCUGUUACCAUUUAUCACGUUUUCAUGCAUGUGCUGCACAUAUGCAGUUGAGUUUACAAUGACAGUUUACCACUAAAAAUUCCUAGUAAUUUGUGACUGAAUAGGUCUGAUUUUGCAUAGAAGGACACAAAAGUGACUUUUUCAGCUGUCGCUAGCUGAUUUUAUUUGCAGUAGCUACCUAGCAUAAGCUAAUUUACCAACAACACGACCGCGACUUGGCUGUAAACCUAGUACUCAAUUGUCUUUAAAGGUUCCCAGCUGACUUUAAAUGAGAAAGCCAGGUCUUCAUAUGCAUUUCAUGGCUACAUACAUGAUAUUAUGCUAAUAUAAUGCUACUGAUGCUAAAGCUGCAUGCUCCAGGCAUGCUCAGCAGCUGAUGAUUCAUUGAGAAAAUAUGAAAUCUAAGGAGCAGCGUUAUCCUUGUUAGCCUCAGAAAUAUACUACAUAAAAAAAUAAUUUGUUUUAACGUAACCUUAAUAUUUCUGAUCCUUUAAUGUUACUGCUGCUGAGGGUCUAAUUUAACCGUAAUUCCCUCAGAAUAAUGUAGUUGGCUCACACUGUGCUCUUUGGCUUUGGAAGUCAUGCCAGGAUACUGCAGUAGUUGCUUAGCCAAGCAGAGCAAUGCCUGCAGCAUAUGUUAGACUCACCAAACUCCAAACUCAUUCUCACUACUCGUCUGGGCGCACCACUUCAGAAUGGGGAAACAAACAAAGUGUUUGGCAAAUGGUCAGUUAAACUGUUCAUGGUGUAAUGUUCAUUUGAUUGUGUACAGCUCCGUGUCGGUUUUAACUUGAUCCAUGGCAUUGAUCCAUGUGAUUCCCUUAAAUAGCUCAAAGAUGAAAACUCCACUGUUGUAAUGUUGAUGAGCAGUUGUGUCUGAUAACAUUUUUACUUGAAAUAUUAGAGUAAAUAAAUACUGAUCAUAGAUAAUAUCAGUUAAAAUGUU